AUGAAGCGAGAUUGGCAAUCGUCCGUAUCUGCGAUGAUUCUCUUCUCUUCUCUUCUCGACAAUUUUGUUAAGAAAGACUCUAUCUUUAUGCCUCCACCUCCAUGCAACAUUUCCUUCUCAAAAUGUGCAGAGAAACGACAAGAGUUAACUGUUGAUCAAGUCUUCUUACUAUACCGGAAAGGAGUGACAGAACAGCGAAAAGGGAAUUUUUCUCUAGCCCUGCACUGCCUUCAACCACUCAUUCCCUUUUUCUGCAAUACACCUUUGAUAUGGGUCCGGAUAAUUGAGAUCGGUAUCCGUCUUCUGUACUAUAGAGACAAUGUCAACGAAGGUAGAAUAUUGGAGGUUUAUGGCUCUGGAAGGACCCGCCGUGUUGUUCUGGCACCUAACGGUCAUAAUAAUGGAGGACGUCCAUCGGCAGCUUUUUAUGCGCAGAUAGCUGACCAAGCUGGAAUUACUGAAGAUUACUUGGAAAGCAUCGCAGGUGUGCUCUUGUCCUUGACGCACAAAACGAAAAACAGACAACUGCGGAUCACGAGUUUGUCCCUCGCUGCUUACGUGGCCUUGAAAAUGGGACGUUACCACUAUGCCGCGGAUCUGGCACAUAAAAUGAUCGAUGAGGAGGAAUCGAUUGGUAACUGUAGCAUGACGGCCUCGAUGUAUCUGAUGGAAUGCAUGGUUUCAUCUGGUCCUUUCGAUAUCGCUCUCAAAGUAAUGAGUGUGGAUGGUACUGAGAGGCAGGCAGGUGAAUGUGGGUCCUACCCUAUUUGGGCUGUCAUCAACAGGUGUAUUGUUCUCUGUGCAAAUCGCAAGUACCAUGAAGCGGAAAACCUGUAUAAGGAAAUACGGGCGUCAACAUCUACAAACGAUUUAUAUGAAAGAAGCGUCCUAGCUUUAGGAAUAUUCAUUUACUCCAAGUUGAAUCGUGCUCCAGAUGCCUUCCGAUUAAUUGAAGAACUGCGAAAUAUCCAAGACGAAGAGGACGAACAAAUAGUUGGAGAAGGUGGUCGUUCAAACACGGCAGAAGAUCCGCUGAUUGUUCUAGCACGGUUAGAAGCAGAAAAAUAG